CGGCCUGUAAGUAUACACGAAUCAAAGUGAAGCAAAGAUAACGGGAAAAUAUUUCCUAGAGACUAUUUUAUUUUAUUGUUAUAUGAAUAUUAAUCAAUCUAUCCAUGUGUAUAAUUAUUCAAAAUAAAAUACAAAUGAAACAAAUUGAGUAAUAUUAAGUCAAUAUGUUCAGCAAUAAAAAGAGUAAUUUGCCACCAAGACCUCACAUUCCUGAUCCUGAACACAUACUAGAGGAUCUCAAUAAUGCUGCUAUUGAUGAUAUAGCAUUUAAAAUAAUAAAUAAAGAUGAAAAUGCUGAGGAAAGUUCAUUAAGUACAGAUACUUCUGAUACAUAUCAGAAGGUUAAAACAUAUCUAAAUAUAAAACAGCAAUUAAAACAUUUGGAAACAACUCUUGAAAGAAAAGAACAACAUUUGAAGGCAGACACUAAGGAAAUAAGUAAACUAGCAGAUGACAUUAAGAAACAAGCACACGCUGCUUUGAUAACAUGAAUCAUUUUUAAAAUUAUAUUUAAGUUGUGUAGAUAUUACUUCUUGUAAAGACAAAUUUAAUGUACAGUAUCAAUUCUUAAUUUAAUUCUAACUAUCUUAAUUAUUAAUAUUAUACAAUGUAAAUUAGCUGCUUGUACAAAAUAGUUUUGCUAAUAGUCGCAUAUAAAAAUGUUAAUACUUAUGUAUGACUAUGACAUAAUAAUAUAAUGUUUGUACAUGAAAUAUUUUUAUCACUGUAAGAUACAUAGAAUUAGCAUUGUAUAAAAAUAAAUGUCACAUAAUA